AUGCUAUAGGUCGAGUAUUCAAAUUUCGUGCGUUUUUAGGGUUUUAAAUAUUCGGAACUUGACUCUUGAAAAUACUGACGGCUCCUACAUUUAGUUGAAUUCUACAAUCAAAAGUAAACGUGUUCGAUUAGCCCAUCUCUCACAACAAAAGCUUGCAAAUUGUACCGAAUGUUGAGCGUUCACAACUACGUCGUAAUUAUCUGCGGCAUUCUGAGUUGAUGUUAUACGAGGUGAAAGGACAGUCAGGUACAAUGGCGAGGGUAAUGAAGAUCACAAAAUUGAUUUGCUGCGUGACCCUCCUGUUUGGAAUUAUCGGCACUUUGUGGCUGGGGCUUGGCGUCAAGACCUUAAACGAUAGACGCCCUGGAGCAAUAUUACGACUUACUAGUGAUAAAAGGGAGCACCUAUCCUUGUCUCAUAAAGGUGCAGAAGCCAACUCGAAAGAUGAGAAGGGCCACUCCAAGAACAUUGGGAUCCUCAUCCAACAUUCAUGGACACCCUUUUCAGCCAAGCAUGAUUAUAAAUAUUUGUUAAAUAAUCGCCUCAAAUGCGCCGACAAAGGUGGGAAGCUUUAUGAGAAAUUAUCUGUGAUUGCCAUCGUCACUUCGGACCCGAGGAACGUCGACCGAAGAAACGUGAUAAGGAUGACAUGGAUUCGACACGCCAUCGAGAAUAAGAUUGCCAUCAAGGUCAUGUUCAUAGUGGGCGUAACGUCCGAUGGGUCUAUCCGGAACAAGAUCAAGCACGAGGCUUUCCUCUACAAAGACAUCAUUCAAGAAGCUUUCCAGGAUACUUACCUUAACCUGACGGUCAAGACCAUUGGCGCCCUCAAGUGGGCCACCCAGUUAUGCCCUCGGGCAAAGUUCUUCAUGAAACUCGACGACGAUGUCGUUGUCAACAUAGGGAACCUGACAGGCUUUCUCGAUGUCUUUGUGCCGUCGGUCAACUACCUCGGUGGCAUCGUGCAGGUCGGGUCCAUUCCAUUUCGUAAUCCACAAGAUAAAUGGUACACACCUGAAGAACUCUACCCAGAAGCCACCUACCCUCCGUAUCCAGAAGGGAAAAUAUACAUCAUGUCCAUGGACGUUGCAAAGAGAAUCUACCAUCACACCAAAACAUUGCAGAUUUUCCCCUGGGAGGACGUCUUUAUUGGAAUUUGCGCCAAACAAUUGAGUAUAGUUCCCCAGAACAUUGUCAACUUCCACGGCGUAUGGACAGUGCGAAGUGAAGGUAUAGGGAUCAUUAAGACUGAUGAAACAUUGGCAAAUUUGAAUUUCCUUUAUGUCUUUUAUGACCUUACAAUAGGGGAAAUGAUAGAAAUUUGGCAAGCAUGGAUGUCAAACAGUUGGGAUUAACAUUCUGUUAGAUUAUCAACUUAUUUAUUCUAUCUAGCUGUCUUUCAUUAUAUAUAAGGUAGAUGAGAUUUGUUCAUAAGGAAAAGAACUCGUGAUGAAUAUUAUCUUUCAGCGGGGAGAGUCAAGCAAAGAGUUGUAAGAUGGACUCUGAAGUGUAAAGUAGCUAAGGUCCACCUCAGGUGAAAAUUACUGAAGGCCAAGAAACAUCAUAUGAUUAUGUAUAUACCAUAUUUAGUUUAAUAGAUCCAGCAUUUUGAGAAAGUGGAGGGGGUUAUUUUUUUCAACAUUCAUAUUUCACAGGAACGCUGUAUUGGAAACCAUGUCAUGCCUUCAAAGUACUAAACUUAUGAUCUCUCAAAUAGGGAAGGAGUGGAAAUAUUAAACAAAUAAAUGAUUGAAUUAAUCAAUAACUAAAUAAUAAAAAUCAAAAAAAGAAAUAGAGGAAUUUACAAUAUAAAUGAAGGCUUUCAGAUCAUAUCUAUUAUUUUAUGCCAGUGUCAUAAUGUAAAUUUUGUGCAUAUGAUUCUACACUUCUAG